CUCAUGAUCCUCGAUUUCCCCCCCCCCCCACCCGCCAUGGCACCCGCCCUCCCGCGCAUAGUCCUGUACCAGCAAACGCACCACCAUCCAGGCACCUCCACCCCCGUGCGGCUCACGCACCUACUGACGCAAGUGCCCGCGCACAUCCACGCGCACCUCGUCGUAAUCGUUGGCGCAGUGCACCUGAACGCCGCAACCCCCACCGUCGCCGCACACAUAACGCUUAACGACUCCGCGCCGACGGCGACAAAGUUCCGCGAGCUCCGCGAUGACAUCGCCGCCUUGCGCCGCGCGGGCGUCACCGUGCUCGUCAUGCUGGGCGGCGCGGCGGGGGGGAGUUUUACUGUUCUCGACGGCGGGGCGGUGGAGGAGGAGGGGGAGGGGGGGGCUGUGGAGGGGUACUACUACGCUCUGCUGCACGCGUUUCUAGUCUCGUGGGAGCUGGACGGGAUCGAUCUCGACGUGGAGGAGGAUAUGUCGCUUCCGGGGAUAAUCCGGCUGAUCACGCGGCUACGGCGGGAUUUCCCGGCGUACAUUAUCACUUUGGCGCCCGUGGCUACGGCAUUGUCCGGCGGACGGCAUAUCAGCGGCUUUGACUACUGUGCUAUGCGCGCAGCGGUGGGCGCGGAGGUGGCGUGGUACAACGCGCAGUUUUAUUGCGGUUGGGGGGACGUGAGGGAUACGAAUGCGGUCGUGCGCAUGUGGGAUCACGGCUGGGAUCCCGUGGAUGUGGUGCUGGGCACGGUUACUAAUCCCGUUAAUGCCGGCGGGUGGGUGGGGACGGAGGAGGUGGGGGGGGCGGUAAAGGCGCUGGGGGAGUACGGUGGGGGCGGCGUGGCGGGCUGGGAGUACUUUAAUGCGCUGCCUGGCGGGACGGAGAGGCCGUGGGUGUGGGUGCUGGAGAUGGCGGAGGCGUUGGGGUUGAGGCCGGUAAUGGGGGAGGUGGAGGAUGAGAGAGAGGGAGAGAGACAGAGGGAUAGAGAGGUGGAGGAGAUGAUUAGGCGGGGAAGGUCGUCGGAUGGGGCGGACGUGGUGGAGAGAGACAGAGAGGUCGAGGAGAGGCCGGGCAGGUUGGGGAGGUAUCGGGACACGUCGUAAAGUAUCAGGGUGGAGAAGUGAGGUAGAUAACCUCCCCGGUUUGAUCACGCCGGCCAUUCAGUCAGCCAGCCAUUCACUGAUAGCGAGUUAUUUCACGGCAAUAGAAACGAAUUUGAUGAGCAGCGAAACUUUUAUGCACACAAUGCACGCAGACCAGAUAGUAGUACAGCGCUAACCAAAACUCCCAACCAUCUCAGACCGAUAUGGUACA